GCGCAUGGAUUACGUCGAUCUGGAGAGGAACCCAUGGACCUGCGACUGUGAGAUGGACUGGGUGGCCAAGGGCAACUUUCUCUUCGAGGAGGAGCCACUUUUCCAGUGUAAGCUGCCGGAGGCAGUUGCUGGACGCCCGGUCACCUCCCUGAAGGCGGAGGAGUUUGAGUGCGAGAACAAGGGCGGCUCGAUCGCCCUCACUGUCUUCCUGGUGCUGCUGGCCUUGGCCAUCGUGGCUGCUCUCGUCUUCGUCGCGUGGAAGUUCAGCAUCUGCCAGAAGGUCAGGGAAAAGGUGUCUUCCCGGCCCAACUACACCAACGUGAGGACAAACAAGGAGCGCGUGGAGGUCGGAGGCUUGGAGUGGGACAACAAGGACAUCGGAGUGUGACUGACGUCGGAGUGACGGUGUUGAUGGCCCGGCCGUGGCUCGCGGCCGCGCUGGGCCUGACUUUAGUGGCAUGGGGCGCGAGUCGCUCAUGGAGAAGCCGCCGCACGUGUCAUGCCCGGCCCGGCUGUGCGCGCGUGCCGACGUGCUAAUGGAGUGCCUUUGCUCGUACCGUUGCGUCCAGGCUCGCCUGUAUUCACGUGAGGCGUGUGUCGUGUAGUCGGUCGUAUACCAGCACUGUGCAGCCGCUCACUGAUCUCCGCACGUGGCCGCAAGGCGGCUAAGUUGUGAUUCAUGACCAAUUGCGAGAACUAGGCUCCUUGCACCUCCAUCAGGCAGAUCGUGUUUUCAAAGGUGUCAAGUGCGGUGGUGAUGUGCUGCACCAUGCCACUCCCAAUCGGAAAAGCUAAAUGAAGUGCUGGAAUUCAUGACUUGCUCACGCAUUUUGUUUAAAAAGUCAUCGAGGAGUGCACAGAUGUCAUAUAUUGCAUAACAUAUGUCGUUCUAGCCUCUGGGAACCUGCUAACGACACAACUGCUUCUGCAGAAUGUUGCUGGUUUCGUAAGAGGUGUCGCUUUUGCUGGUGUGAUAAGCAAUCAGUUGCUAGCGAGCUCAUCUGCGAAGAAAAUCUACUAGUUUUAGGAUACCUGAUGCUGGACAAUGCAGUGUCAUAACCUGAACUCGCAGACGUUGCGCGACCCCGUGAGGGCUGCUGUACGACCAUGCAGUUAAGGCACCCCAGAGCAGCCUCCGUGGGUCUUUUCUCUUGUUAUGAAGUGCGUGAUGUGGUGCACUUUUAAGCGUGCCUUUUCACUGAUUGCUUUUUAGGAGGCGUGGCGGUAACAUUGCUGUGACUGAUGAGUUUUUGACUGCUGAAAUGCUUUGCUAAUGCUGCAAACUUACGUAAAGUAAAUGCAAGAACAAACUGCUACCUACACUGUCUUAAGCAGGAUGAAUGCGAAGGAACUCCAAAUGUGAGAAAGAAGAAUAACAUGAUAGGGACAAGACCAGUCAGAAAAUUAUUGUUGAGCAAAUGAGCAGAUGAUUGCAUCAUGCCCUCCGGUUUAUUUGCUACAUUCCUGUUUGUUAUGAGAUUUUUUGCUGUAAUAACCUUCCUGAGUUGUGUACAAAGGAAGGCGGUUCGGGCUUUGUUGCAGUUGAAAACCUGUCUUGGAAUACAACUCGUCAUCUCAUAUCUCGAAA